UUCUCUCUCCUCUUGGGUAGCUCUCGCUCCCUCUCAAAGCAGUCAAGAGCUAGUCCCUCCCUGUCUCUCUAGCUUCCAUUCCAUUCCUUUCCUUGGUACUAGUACUCUGAUUCCCUUUGAUUUCCCCAGCUGCCAAGUCUCUUCCUCCCACUAUCUCUUCUCUCCAACCUCCAGCCCAGCCGCCCAAACACCUCUCUCUCUCUCUCUCUCUCUCUCUCUCCCUCCCAACAACUCUCUGCAAGUCUAGAUCGCCGGCCAUGAUCUUCCCUCCUGCCUUCCUAGAUUCAUCAAGCUGCUGGAACACCAACCACAACCAGCUUCAGCAAAUCGGCAGUAACACUCAUAUCACCGCUACUCCUUCACCUGCUGGUCAUGGAGAUGGAGGAGGCAGCAACAACAACAACCAUGGUCAGCAGGAAGGAUUAAUGGCCACGGCCGGGGCCGGAGGAGGUGGUGGUGAUGGUGGAGGCGGCGGCGGUGGGGAUGGUGAUAGCGCCGGCGGUGGGAACAACAAGCCGAUGUCGAUGUCAGAGCGGGCACGGCUGGCACGGGUGCCGCAGCCGGAGCCGGGGCUCAACUGCCCGCGCUGCGACUCCACCAACACCAAGUUCUGCUACUUCAACAACUACUCCCUCACCCAGCCCCGCCACUUCUGCCGCGCCUGCCGCCGCUACUGGACCCGCGGCGGCGCGCUCCGCAACGUCCCCGUCGGUGGCGGGUACCGCCGCCACGCCAAGCGCAGCGCCAAGCCCAAGGCGGGGUCGGCUGGAUCCGGAACCACCACGGCAGGGACGUCGUCCGCGACGUCGACGACGCCCAGCACCACUGCUUGCACCACCGGCACUGCCACUGCGCCGCCCGCUCUGCAGUACUCCAUGUUCGGCAGCGCGCCGCCGCACGGCAGCCGGUUCGCCGACACCUUCGACCCCGCGAGCCUCGGCCUCAGCUUCCCCGCCAGGCUGCUCUUCCCCGACAGCGGCGCCUACGGGGCCGACGGUGGCCCGCAGCAGCAGCACCACCACCAGGGGAACGGGAACGGCAUGGAGCAGUGGGCGGCUGCGCAGAUGCAGAGCUUCCCGUUCCUGCACGCCAUGGAUCACCAGAUGUCCGGGAAUCAGCCGCCGGCUUCGGCAAUGCCGACCACAAUGGCGGCGAUGCAGGGCAUGUUCCACCUAGGGCUACAGAGCGGGGGUGGCGGCAAUGGCGACGAUGGAGGAAAUCACCAGUUCCAUCACCUGCCGGCCAAGAGGGACUACCAGCAGCAGCAGCAGCAGCAGCAGCAUGAGUACCCAAGCAGCAGGGGCAUGUACGGGGACGUGGUCAAUGGCAAUGGCGGCGGCUUCAAUUUCUAUUCCAGCACUAGCAAUGCAGCUGGUAAUUAGCUAGCUAGCUAGAUCUACCUAGCUUUGUUCUUGCAAACCUAGAUUGAUGCAUGGUGAAAUGGGGCCGGGGAUGUAUAAAAUCUUCAUCACUACAAUAUGUGUUACAAGAACUCGAACGAUCUCGAUGAUCGAGGUCUCUAGAGGAGGGGGGAUAUCAAUGCAUACACAAGAAUGUGAACCUUUUUUUCUGUUAUGUGUUUGCUUACUAUGGUCUUAAUUUGUAGUACUAUUGUUUACUUGUUGUUUAAUAUACUUAGCAGCUAAGUGUAGUGUGUGUUAGUAGCCACUGCAUAUGCAUGCUAUAUGAGAUCUUUUCCAAAUGAGUCUAUUACCUUUUUUUUCAUGCAUUUACUUUGUGGGUACGUGCCAAUGUCCCACUUCUACAUUGUGCUAGAAUUCCAUCAAACUCUUGAUGAUUUAUAUAUGUCAGGUUCUCUUUGUA